AAAACACAUUUCUUAUUCGACAUUCACAUGCUCUUGAAGCUCGAAACCAACGAUAAUAGCCAAAACUAUAAUAAUAAAUAAAAGGGAAACAGCACAAGAAUAUCAACCCGAAAUAUCAAAGAUAAGCUGAGAAACCACGCGUUCACUUUCACUCCCGUUCAUGUCCCUUUAAAAAAAAAAAAAAUGUUUAUGUUGGCUAUAUCACCAAACCAAUCGUUUUCACACGCAGGGACAUACAACAACCAUAAAAGCAAUCGUGCGAAUACUUCGGUAGCUGCAGCUGCGUGCCUGGCUUUUCACGAAGGAGGAGUGGGGGCGUCGUUGGGAGCUUUGUGUGUGGUAUUGUCUCUAGCCCCCUUAAGAAAGGGGCCUAGACGUUGUUGUUAGGUCGCCACGUAAUGAUGGGGUUACCAUCCGGCAGAGGAGCUUUGAAGAUUUAAAAACGAAAAAAAAAAAAAAGGACCUUGAUCAGCAGCUUGAGUCGUGAGAGGUCUGCACUGUAAUCAAGAAAAAACAAGAGAACGUGAAAAUAUUUUUGCGUCCUCAUGAAUUUUUUUUUUCUUUUGGUGGACACGGUGGUUUGAGUGAAUGGCGUUAAAAACAGGUUUUAUUUCUUGAUAAGAAAAAAUUACGUAAAAGAAUUGAAGAACGAAGCGGAAUUCCAUGGCAUUUGCUUGCCCGUUAAUGGCGACUUUAUACUGACAAUUUGAACGCAAACCGCCAUAUUUAGGAAUUUGUUUUUCUUCUUUGUAAUGGAACAUUUCCUUUUUUUCCUACUUAGACAUACGUGGACGACAAACACGUCCUUGCCGAAUCGUCAUUAAAAACAGCUAAUGACAAAGCGCGUUGUAGAUUGCUAAUGUAGCAAUCGUCCGUAAAAAGAAAAGAAAAAAAGAAGCCUGUCGCUAUUAAACAAAAUGCCUUCAACUAAAUUGAAAGGAAUUUUUUGUUGUUGUUUCCAAUUCAAUCCGUUUAUUACGUUAUGUUUGAUUACACGACCUGAACGCCCACGAACGGUGAUAUUUUUUUAUGUAUAUACGUUGGAAUAGAAUCACGUGGACGUUGUAAAAUAUGAUUACUUUCCGUUGAAAAUGCUGUAGAGCUCCGCCAACACGUGCGCGCAUGCGCGACUGCUAUAGACCGGAACGGGAAGAAGAAUAAAUAAAAAAAAAGCACAGGUGGUAUAGGUGGAUUGAACGGGAUGCUAUGACGUCAUAUGUAUUGUUAUCCGAGCCGUACAUAUAUACAGACACGUAGGUGGGCAAAACUCGUGUGUGUGUGUGUGUGCGUGCAGUCGGGCAUUGUUGUAGAAGGGAGGAGUGUUGCGAUAACGAAUGUAAAAACGUAGUUGCGAGUUGGGUUCAGUCGCAAUCAUUGCGUCUGUCCAACCCGGCGUGACACGGUUUCGUCCAUUACACGAGUGACGUCAAGUAAAAACAAAACACCGGUGUGCGUAAAUAUUAAUUAAAAAAAAAAAAAAACAUAAUAAUAGUAAUAACUGGAUACUUUGGUGCGUGUGAAUGCGAGUAAUACAAAUGACAACGGACGGCGACGUUCGAGCCGGAGACAAGAAAAUCGAGAAACCUCGUGAUCCUGAUCGUACCAGAGAUUUGUUUGGCGUUCAAUUGGAGGUAACGAGUUUGCUGCUGGAAGGUGAGCGUCGCAAAUUAAGUGUACUCCAACGGGAGUUGCGAGGAGCAUUGAAUCGCGAAGCUGGCUCAUUAAAAGCUAAAGAACGCCAGCAACAUGAACUCAUCUUGGCCAUUUCGAGAAUCCAAUCGCAGUACGAUCACCUGGAGCAAGAGUAUCGCCAAACUUGUAUUGGCGCUCUACGCAGUUCAAACACCCGCGGCUGCGGCAAGAGUGGUCGCAGCCAGCCAGCUAUCGGCCUCAGACAGACGCCAAAGGCUAGGCCUUCGAUAUUCGGGACGGUGGCUUCAGAACUGACGCCCAAAGAUGGAUCCUCCCGCAAGUCGCUUCCGCAGACGCCUAAAUCGCCCGGUAGCAUGGGAAUCGAAGGCAGCACGAGUAGCAGCAGCUCCGAAACGGUGGAUGACAGCGGUUCUGAGCCGGACAACUCACUCGUGUUCCAGGACAAUAAUUUAGUGUCUGGUCCGCUGGAUGCGCUGCUGCAACAUUUGGUGCCGACAGCCGAAUACUACCCCGACAGGACGUACAUCUUCGCCUUCUUACUCUCGUCCAGGCUAUACAUCAAACCGCACGCCCUGUUGGCUCAAGUUGUCCGACUGUGCAUGCUCCAGCAAAACCUGGCCGACCAGAAACUCACGAAAGAUAAGUUGGGAAGGUUUUGUCCGCACAUGGUUCAACUCUUAUCCGAGUGGAUGGAAACAUUUCCGUACGAUUUUCGCGAUGAGCGCGUCAUGCAGCACGUCCGCCAGCUGACCCAGCGCUGCGUGGCCCUCGAUCCAUCGUUGAGACGGGACGUCUCGCAAAUGUUGCAUAACCUUCUGCACCGGCUGACGGCCCUUGAAAAAUACGAAGAGUUUCUGGAGAAGAUCAACACGGAGGCAUCAGCUGCUCUCAUAGAUACCGUCAAUGUGGUUAGUUAUCCACUCAACUGCGACGUGACAGAAGUUUGUUCCAGUCCGCUGAUUUUGUCACAGCAGCUGACACACAUUGAACUAGAACGGUUGUCGUUCAUUGGACCCGAAGAGUUCGUCCAGGCUUUUGCUAAAGAGAAUCCCAACGUUGAAACGUCUUUCAAAGACAUGAAAAAGACUCGCAAUCUCGAAUCGUACAUCCAGUGGUUCAACAGACUCAGCUAUUUUGUUGCCACCCAAGUGUGCUCGAAUGUCAAGAAGAAGCAACGCGUCAAAGUCAUUGAAUAUUGGAUCGAAGUGGCUCGGGAAUGUUUCAAUAUCGGCAAUUUCAAUUCACUGAUGGCCAUUAUAGCCGGACUCAAUAUGUCGCCCGUUUCUCGACUCAAGAAAACGUGGCACAAAGUGCAGUCGGCCAAGUUUUCAAUUCUGGAGCAUCAAAUGGACCCAUCUUCGAAUUUCAGUAGCUACAGAUCGACCCUGAAGGCAGCAAUGUGGAGGUCUGCCGGUGCUAAAGACGAGCGUCAGCGUAUUGUCGUCCCAUUCUUUUCGCUCCUGGUCAAAGAUCUCUAUUUCCUCAAUGAAGGAUGCGCAAAUCGGUUACCCAAUGGUCAUAUAAAUUUCGAGAAAUUCUGGCAGCUAGCUAAACAAGUGACGGAAUUCAUGACGUGGAAACAGGUGACUUGUCCUUUUGAAAAACACCCCAAAGUCAUUCACUAUCUUCAAACGGGAACUAUCCUCAGCGAAAACGGUAUUGCUUUAUCAUCGUUUGAUUGCGAACCACCGGAAAAUUCUCACGAAAAAGAAAGAUUCAAAGCUUUAAAAUUAGCCGCCAUUCACGCAUAAUGUUGAAUUAAGCGUCUGGUAGAUGGCGUUGGCAUUCCUGUUUUUCAAACCCCCACCCUCUCUGUUUGUAUAUUUUCCUCUCAUGAGGAAACUUCUUUUGCAACCGAGACUUCCGCACUUCCAUCUCGAUUCGUUUUUUUUUUUUGUCUUAUUAUUAUUAUCAUUUGUUUUUUUUGGUUUUUUUUUGUUAAAAGUUUGGUCCAUUCUAGUCAAGAUGUGUCUGCUGUGCUCGCUUCCUGAACUUUUCCGGACAAAAUUAAAUUCCGCCCUCAUUUUUUUUUUUUUUCUUUUUCGUUUCAUGUAAAUAGUUUUGAUUUCUUCCACCGUCUAUACUAUAUAUAUACAUAGCUCUAUUAUAAUAAAUAUGAUCACAUCGAAAUGUUUAGUACAGGGCCAGCAGUCCAACUCCCAUCUCUUCUCUCCCUCGAUUUUUGGAAUCCUGAAACAAUUUGAAGGUCUUCAUCCCCUCUCUAGUCCUGUCUUCAUUUCAACCAUCCCCCUGAAUCCAUCAUCAUUGUAGUAAUUAUUCAACACAUCCCACCUCAUUGUAGACACACUGCAAUCAGACAAAACAUCAUCGAGUUGUUACAUCCAUAAUGACCUUUCUUUUCCUUUGUUUCCAUCCGUAUUUUCUUCUCACCCUUAUUUUUGUUGCUGUCGACAUUUUGUGAAAAUAUUGGUGUUCCGGAUAUUUGUUCGUUUUGCGAUCCAUUUGGAUCAAUUGACAUGUUGAUGUUGUCGUUUUCUCCGUAAGAGGCGUUACGUACGAAAAAAAACAAAAAACAAAAUGGAGUCGGGCAGGGAACAUUCAAAAACACACAUGGUUGCAUUCACAUCUCAGAUUUGUACAUUCCUCCAUUUUCUCUUAAUUUUUCAUUUCUACAAUUUUCACAUUACAUUCUACCAUUUUUCUUUUCUUUUUUUUUUCUCCUCUUUUUUGUUGAAGAAAAACAAAUCUGUCAACGUUUUUUUGUUUUUCACUUUUUGGUUCUUUUUCUAUCUCAUUUGCAUGUUUUGCAACGAGCGCGUGUAUUUGCUCUUCAAGGGAGGGUUUCGGUCUUUUUUAAAAAUAUGUGCAUGCAAUUUCUCACGUCGUGUGUGUGUCAUUAUUCGAAACACACUCUCUCACCAACCCACACUAUGAAAAGUUAAAUAAGAAGAAACGUAUAAACACACACACACUUAAAAUUAUACAUACAUUAUACUUGUGUACCUUUCCCUCCGUUUUUUUUUCUUUUAUCUGGUUUAUAAUAUUAAAUCAACGAUGAAUUACAAAAGAUGAUCCCCA